CCGGAACUUCCACUUUCCAUUCGUUGAUCCAGUCCCAGAGCCCGUAGAAAUCCAUCUAGUGCCAAAUCAUACAAUACCAAUGACCAGUGCAUUACCUCAGUCUUAUCCGGGAUACGCUUUUCCGAUCACGGCUACUUUGUCGCCAACUUCUCCUGGCACCUCGUCCAAGGUCCCGCCGAAACCGAAACCGGUCAACGUAUUCUCAAACGAUGGCUCGUUCCUGGAAAGGUUCCAGAGAAGCAGAAAGGAUGAAGAGGAUAAACGGAAAGCUCAGGAGGCACUCGCGAGGAAGAAGCAAUUCGAUGACAGAUUUAGAAAACGCGGAAAGCGUCAGCAACCUGAUACCGCUUCUACAGUCGCCCAAGGAAAGCCUACAAAGAAAGUCAAGGUGGACGGUCCCUCUUUAUGAUACUCUGUCGAUAAUAAUGCAUUCUCUUAUAUC